AAUCACUAUGUCAAAUGGAAUUCAGAGUCCUUCUAAGGACUUAGAUACAAAAACGUCAACAAGUAAAAUGAAUGGUGCUUUAUCAACAUCAACAUUGAAUUCACCACUGAUGAAAUUAUCAUCAUACUUCUCAGCAGUACGACCAUGGUCAUUAAGUGCUUCAUUGAUGCCCACUUUACUUGGAUCAGCUUUAGCCUAUCGUUUAACUGAUUGGGACAGUUUUAGUUUAAUCAUAUUUAUCCUCACCCUCUACACAAUUAUUUCUGUGCAUGGAGCUGGGAAUGUUGUUAAUACAUAUUUUGAUUAUAUCAAAGGUGUUGACAGCAGUGGAAAAAGUGAUGACAGAAUUUUAGUUGAUCAUUUACUGUCAAAGGAUGAACUAGUAUCAUUAGGAACACUAUUAUAUACUGCUGGGUGUUUAGGUUUUGUGAUUUUAGCCAUGAUAUCUCCAGCUAAAAUGGAGCAUCUUGCCCUAGUAUUUUUUGGUGGUCUAUCAUCAUCAUUUCUUUAUACUGGAGGAAUUGGCCUUAAAUACAUUGCACUUGGAGACGUUUUAAUUCUUGUCAUAUUCGGACCUAUUUCAGUUUUAUUUGCUUUUAUGGCUCAAACGGGUUUCGUGCAAUGGGGAACAAUAUAUUAUGCAAUACCACUUGCUUUAAAUACCGAAGCCAUUCUUCAUAGCAACAACACUCGUGAUUUGGAGAAUGAUAGAAGAGCAGGAAUCGUUACUCUUGCUAUACUUAUAGGUCAUACGGCGUCACAUGUUUUAUACGCUUUUUUACUUUUUACCCCGUAUAUUGCACUCGUUGUUUUAGCGUUGAGAUACUCUGUAUGGUUUCUUUUACCUCUCGUCACGCUCCCAACAGCGUUUAAAAUUGAAAAACAAUUUCGAAAUCCUCUAACAAUACAGAGUGUGCCUAAACAGACGGCCAGACUGAAUAUGUAUCUUGGAAUUUUGUAUGUUAUUGCUUGUCUCCUUGUAGAGACACUUCCAUACUUAUAAUUUGAUAUAAAUGAAAAAGAAAAAUAGAAUAUAUUGUGUAUGGUAUUGUAAUAGUUCUGUCAAAUAAUUAAUUUGUAAAAAUAUUGAAAUAGCCAAUUUUAAUAGUUAUUUAAAUUUAUUUAUUCAUUAUUCAAAUAUUUAGAUUGAACAAUCUGAAUAUUUUAUUGAUAAAAAAAUUUAAUAAUACAAAUGCAACUGGACAAUACAUUAAAUUGAUAAGGACAUUGUAAAUAUGAAAUAUGAAUCUUCGAUAGUUAAUGAAUUUAAAUGAAUAAUUUUUUAUUUUAUAUCAUUUUAAUAUUAAUUUAUUUGACAGAACUAAGGAGCAAAAAUUGUGGUGUAUAAGGGAUACAUUUAAAUAUAAAAACAAUAAGUAAAAUUGCUACAAAUUUUUCGGUAGCGCUGGGCCAAUGCAUUAUCCUAAGUCGUUGACUCCUACAAAAAGCUUUUGCGAUACUUUUUUACACGUUUUCAUCGUUCGCGUUGUAAUUAAUCACGAAUAUCAUACGAUAAUUAAUUAAUACUUCUAGAGGUUAUCAUAACAAAAUUAUAGAAAAAAUUAACUUUAGGAAUAAUGCUAUCCUUAAGAAUCUAUCUUUCUUUAAAAUAUAUAUUUAUUUUCAUUUACAUAAGUAAUAAAAUAUGAAAAAACAUGGAAAUAUAUACAACCAUGACGAUAGAUAAAAGGUUCUCAUUGAUAAAAAAGAACGACAGAGUUUAGAUAAUGACAUAAUUAUUGCUUGGAUAAAUACCAAUGUAAAGUUUCUAGGUAACGUACUUAUUUACACUCUGGGGUCGAUUUUAAUUUUAUAUUAAUCAUAAGGUAGACCUAAUUAAUGAUAAUGUGACGAUGUUAAACAUCUCCAGAUUUAUACAACAUAUUUCCAUGUAGUUCAGGUGAUAUAAAAAUUGAUUUAUUAAUAAGAAAUGAAUGAAUAUAAAUAUUUAUCAUUUUUCGGUAACUAUUGUAUUUAUAAUAUAAAAAAUAAUU